AUGACAUUUGGGCAUUUUAUGAGCAUGACCGCCAUUGUUUUGGGGUGAAGGCUUAACUCUUGUCAUUGUACUAGUCAAAGUACGAAUGCCGCGCUGAGAGACUCUUGGCCAAAAUCGUAA